AUGGUCCCCUCUCCGACGCAGACGCCUCUCCAGUCGCCUCUGGCGCUCUUGCUCCACGCCUCGGCUUCCUCCGGCCCCAGCCCCGGGCCGGGCACCAGCUCCACCACCGCCGAGGAAACCUCCCCUCCCCCCCCUACCGAGAGCAGCCCCUGGCCCCCCAACGGCUCGUGGCCGGUGGGCCGUGGCCGGAGUCUGGGGAGCGGGGAGGGGGUGAGCCCCUGGGACAUCGCGCUGUGCGCAGCGGGCUCGGUGGUGGCCUGCCAGAACGCCCUGUUGCUGGCCGUGCUCUGCUGCACCCGCAGCCUUCGGGCUCCCACUUUUCUGCUUAUAGGGAGCCUCGCCCUGGCCGACUUCCUGGCCGGCGCCGGCCUGGUGGCCAACUUCGUGGUGAGAAGCGUGAUGGAUCCGGUGAGCGACGCGGCGGUGCUGGGUUUGGCCGGCGUCCUGCUGACCGCCUUUUCGGCCUCCGCUUGCAGUCUGCUGGCCAUCACGGUGGACCGCUACCUGUCCUUGUACAGCGCUCUCACGUACCAGGCCGAACGCACCCUGCCCUUCACCUGCGGCUUCCUGGCGGCUCUCUGGCUCACCUGUCUCGGCCUCGGCUCUCUUCCCCCUCUAGGCUGGCACUGCCUGGACGACCCGGACACCUGCAGCGUCCUGAAGCCCCUGACCAAAGAUCAGGCGGCCGGGCUGUCCGUGUCCUACCUGUUCCUCUUCUCUUUUAUCCUCCAUCUCUACCUGCAGAUCUGCCGGGUCGCCUUCCGCCACGCGCAGCAGAUCGCCGUCCAGCGCCACAUCGUCAACCACGCGGGCUCUCCCAUGCAGUCCAUCUUCUGCCUGGUGGCCGGCACCCGCAAGGGCGUGUCCACCCUCUCGCUGAUCCUGGCCACCUUCGCCUUCUGCUGGGUGCCCUUGGCCAUCUACGCCCUGGUAGCCGACCCUUCCUACCCCCAGGUCUACACCUACUACUUGGCGCUGCCAGCCGCCUGCCACUCGGCCGUUAACCCGGUGGUCUACGGCUUCCGCAACCCCGAGAUCCAGCGGUCUCUGUCGGUUGCCUAUACCACCUACCUGCGCCCCCUCCUCACUCGCCUUCGGGCCGCCAUCGGCCACGUGUGAGGCUCAGGGCAAAGGAGUGGGGCGAAGGUCCGGGAGGAGAGGCUGAGGAGUGUCGAGGGGGUGGAGGAGGAGGAGGAAGGGAUGAGGUCAGGGCUUCUCGGCUGAGAGGUCCCGGGACAGAGGGGGGGGCGAGGAACCCCAAAGGCAGAGGGUCUGCGGAAGCGCAGAGGAAAGUGGGGAGAAGUGGAGUGAGACACCCUUCUGGGCUACAGCUGCCCCUUCGUGAUGACAUCAGUCUCUGGCCUUUCGCCCCCUUACCUUGCUGCCUCCCUCCCGGGGUGCAAGGUCUCCCCCCCCCAACGCAGCUCCAUGCUUUUACCCGCUCCAACUCGAGCGGUUUCACGCUGGCUUCUCUGUGCGCAUUUGUGCGUGUUUGUGCGUGUCUGUGCCUGUGUCGGUGGAAGUAGGAGCACUAGCCCCAGAUUCUUCAACUCGAGGCGGGGGGGCUUGCCGAAGUGUCCCCUCAACCUUCCAAGGAACCCUAGGCUUGGAAGAGGGAAAGAACAGGAUCCCCUGGGGAAAAUGAGGGUUGGGUUCCUCAACUGGAAAUGGGGGAUGCUUCUCCCUUGCUGCCCCCCCUCUCUCUCUCCCUCCCCCUCAGUUCCUAUUCCCCACUUGCCUUCCCCAAUUCCAAAUGGGCAUUCUGCCCCCUCAGCACCUCUGGAGCGCUGUUUCAGCACCAGCAAGCAUGAGAGCUCCCGGCUGGGAGAAGUCUUGAGUUCUGCAAAAGCAAGUUACCUGGGGAGGUUUGCAGGCUUGCUUCCUCCCUCUCAAGAAGGGUAUAACGUCAUGGAAGAACUGAAAGAAAGGGCAAAAAAGACUUUUGCGUCGUUUAGUUGUCAUUCCAGAGAUGGCUGGCUCCCCUAACUCCCCAUCUUUGUAGAGUUUGCAAUGUACUUUGGAAGAUCCUCUCCUUCCUGGCAAAGAGAAGCGGGGUGAUCGUUUUAGAAGCCCAAGGCCCAUCCCACCCUCGAGGUUCAGAAGGAGCUACCCCCCCCACACUGACACUCCCCAAGAAAGUAUUAGGAUCCCACUGGGGAGGAGGGGUGGGAAUUGGGGUAUUUACAGGAUGUGACUGUGGGAGCCAGGAAGGGAUGGAGGAGAGUGCAAGAAUGGAUGUUUAGAACUCUCAAUAAGCCCUUCUUCCCCUGCUAUCUCCACCUGUGUAUCUUGCAAUGUGUCUAUAGUAAAUUUUUAAGGAGCCUUGGAUCGCUUGCUCUCCCAUCUUGCGCCAGGUUAUGGUGCAAAAUAAAGUCUGUUA